GCUGCGGCCGCCUGUUGGCGCCGAGCCCGAGCCCUUCGGCCGCGGGGCGCUGCGCGCGGACUGCCGCGCGCCGCCAUGCGAGCUGCCGGCGCGCUGCGUCCCGUGCCAGGCCGUGGUGCCCAGCCGCCCCCGCGCAGCCCCGGCGCGGCGCUGCCCUGCGACCUCUCGCCCGUGCCCGAGGGCGGAGGGCGCUGGGCGCUGCGGGAGGGGGGAUAG